AUGGGAAACAGCAAAAGUGGAGCCCUCUCCAAGGAGAUCCUAGAGGAACUUCAGCUGAACACCAAGUUUACACAGGAGGAGCUCUGUGCCUGGUAUCAGUCCUUCUUGAAGGAGUGUCCCACCGGUCACAUCACUCAGCAGGAGUUUGCCAGCAUCUAUGCCAAGUUCUUCCCUGAUGCUGACCCAAAAGCCUAUGCCCAGCAUGUGUUCCGUAGCUUUGAUGCCAACAGUGAUGGCACCUUGGACUUCAAGGAGUAUGUGGUGGCCCUGCAUAUGACCACUAUAGGCAAGACCAGCCAGAAGCUCGAGUGGGCCUUCUCACUCUACGAUGUGGAUGGUAAUGGAGCCAUCAGCAAAGGAGAGGUGCUGGAGAUUGUCAUGGCUAUUUUCAAAAUGAUCAAUCCUGAAGAUGUGACGAACCUUCCUGAUGAUGAAAACACCCCAGAAAAGCGAGCUGAGAAGAUCUGGACAUUCUUUGGAAAGGGAGACAAUGAUAAACUUACAGAGGAAGAAUUCAUCAAGGGAAUCAUGGCCAAUAAGGAAAUUCUGCGAUUGAUUCAAUUUGAGCCUCAAAAAGUAAAGGAAAAAAUAAAGGAAAAGAAACCCUGA